AUGGUGGGUGGGCUUUAUAAAGAAACGUGUGGCAAAUCAGCGUCGGAAAAAGCGGUUUUCGUUGAAGAAAGUAAGAAUGUGGAUGGAAUGAAAUGCAGUGCAAAUAAUGCUGUUGAUAGUAAGGAGGACGAUGUUGUCGAGUCGUCAAGAUUGUCAAUAAAUAAGCCACAUACUGCUGGUGAGCAUUCCAUGGUCGAAACACUCGAGUCAAGCCAACAUGCUCCAUCUCAUAGUCCGAAAUCUUCGAAAUCUCAUCCAAAACAUUCACGUGCCUUUGGUGAUGCUUUAAGAACGACGAGGUUUUGGAUGCGUUUAUUGAGGCCUUGGAAAUGGCGAAGAAAAGGUCGUAAAAGCAAUCUGAGACGCUCAAAUAGUGAUCGUUCACCGCUUACAAACCAAAUUGCAACCACAAUACCAACUUCUUUCAGUUCUGUAGAACCGAUUCAUUUGACUGCUGUUGAACAUGAACAGCAGAAAGCAGUCUCUUGGGACGGUUCCUUAGAUUCUUUGAGGAUUGAAGAGUCUGAAGCGAAUAAUUGCCAAAAAGAAGCCGAUCCUCCAAGCGUUAAUUUUGAUAACAGCGAUAAGAGUAACCAUAAUAGUGUAUUGCGAUUAACAACUCAACAAAUAAAUAUAUCAACCGUGGAACGAGUUGUAGUUGCUUAUAAUCACUCAGUUUCCUGUACAGAUGGGAAUGUGAAUAUUGAGAAUGGUGACGACAGUAAUAAUGGCAAGGAUAAAGUGUCAUUAGCCGACGGAAAUAAUGCUAGAAACGAUGGUGAUGAUCAAGGUCAGUUGAUUGAAUGGGAUACGGAUUCACAGUGUGACGACACUGCAGAAAUGGAUAAUGAUAAAGUGCUUAUCGAGGAGGUUGCAGCCAAAGAACCUGACCUCACUGCUAAACCAAAUAAGCCUGUUCUUAAGAAGUUAGGCGCUCCAUCUCGUUCAAAAGUUUAUAAAGUGCAGCCGUCUGAUGGUCUCAUCGAUCAGCAUUACAGUUCGAAUUUUAAAUCAGUGAGAACGAGUAAUGAUGAACUACCAUCUCGUUUGACCGAUGACAGCGAUAGUGAUUCAGACAUUAAGUACAGGGAUGAUGGACCAUCAUCAUUCGUCCAUACAGCAACUCGCCAUCUCGGUUUCGGUCGCAGUACAAAUCCCGUUAUUGCUAGUCGUCUUAUGCCGCAGUGCUCGUUCGAUGCGGAUGACACAGAUGAAAGUGAAUGGCCUGUUGGUGGGUUAGCAGCAAAAGUUCUUAGAAAAGACACAUUCGCGAGAAGAUUGGACGUGGAUGCACCGGAUCCAGUCGAUGACAUUCCAAACCAAACAUCUGAUGAUCGCCGUCGUCUGAUGCACAAAGUUAGCAUCAAGCUCGAAAGAAAAUUGAGCGAACGUCCAUCAGUCGAAGAACUAGAGCAGCGGAAUAUUUUGAAAUCAAAAGAUGAUUCUAUUUCGUCGAAAAAAGCAAUGGAUGAGACUCGUAAAAUGCUACUUCGUAAGUUGAGCUUCCGACCUACAAUUCAAGAAUUGAAAGAUAAACAAAUCAUCAAGUUCAAUGAUUACGUUGAGGUGACCGAGGCAGAAGUUUAUGAUCGUAAAGCAGAUAAACCAUGGACUAGACUUACAGCUAUGGAUAAGGCGUUAAUUCGCAAGGAAUUAAAUGAUUUUAAAGCAACCGAAAUGGACGUUCAUGAAGAGAGUCGCAUUUUCACUAGGUUAUUGUUAUUUUUAUGCCAUAAGAUUCCAUCGUCCAUGAAAUAG